CAAAGGUGUCUAGAAUGUUUGCAUGAUUAGCUCCAUGGUGUGAUGACCGGUGGUCUGCUAGAUGGAGGCAGUAUACCUUCUUUGUAGGUAACAGCUCCUAGGCGAGAGCUAGACGAUUUAAGAAUCAAAAAUGAUCAUCGUCAUAAUUGGGAGCAUGGAGGCUACUACAGUCUUGUAUAAGAAGGACAAGGGAAAUCUCGUUGGAUGCACAUUGCUCACCAUCAACAGUGCUUAUCCUCCCAAAUCCCUCUCUCUAGGCUCGUCUUCACGUAGCGCUCGCAGCCUAGAUCCCAGAACGAUACCUAGAAUACUUCGUCAUCAACAUGAAAACUUUCGUUCUCGCGGCUGCCCUUGGUAGCACCCUCGUCGCCGCCAACGGGGGCAUUCCCGAGUCUGCCUUUCACGACGACGACGGCCACGGUAUCGGCCACCAAGCCGCCGUCGCAGCUGCUCCUAUGUGGCACUUCGGCCGUCCGCACGGCGCAAACUCCUGCUACCCCCAAGCCGCCGAAGAAAAUGGCGUCCAAACCAAGGGCAACGGGCCAGACGUGGGAGACUGGGGCCGUCUCGAUGACGGAUGCGCAGACCCAGGCCCUUGGAAGUCACCCUCGGAAGCUGGCCAAAACCCCGGGAACUACUUUCCGACUUAUUAUGAGACAGUACAGUGCAACGACGGAACAUACCGCACGACGUACAGCAUCUACUUCCGCCACGACUCGGGCCACACCAACGACUGGGAGCACAUUGCGGUAGUGUGGGUGCGCAACGACGACGGUACGUGGCGUCGCGACCGCUUGCUACUCGGCCAGCACAAGGGUCACCAGACAGUGUCAUGGGGCGACGUGCAGAAUACUGUCAAUGGAAUCGAUGACCAGUUCGAUCAGGGGGCAAAGGACCGCGACCAUGCUAAGGUGUAUGUUGGCUCGUUCCGCCAUGCUAUCUUCCAUACGCGCAAGACUACCUUUGACACUCUUGCUGUGGCGGAUCAAGAUGAGUUUAGGAGUUGGGACUGGUACUAUCUCCCGCUGGAGUUAGCAAAGGGAGAUUUGAUUGAUCCCAGCUGGAGCUAUGGCGAUGCCGAUACCACGCCUCCGAGCCUGAGGCCUGGUGAAGCGAAGGAUAUUUGCACGAAGUGAGGGGUAUGAUUUGUACUGAGAGGACUGGUAGCCUUGUAAAGAUAGAAUUGUUGCUGGUGAGAAUGUUUCUUGGCUAUAUGAUUCGGGACACACAUGUAAUCAAAGCGUUCGGUCGGAAUGUGAUAUGAAAUAUAGUAGCUCUUUGCCAUGAUAGAACAUUGAGUCUAUCGUUCCAUUAGCAAACUCUACCUGGCGCCGAUUAAAAUGUCAUAUAUCGCUGCUGGAAUGUUCACAUUCGGUAUACGACUUCUUAAGCCUGAUGAAGUUCCAGUGGAU